GCCAUCGCAUCGUCUUAGUGAAUAAAGAUGCAAUUUUUUUUUUGCUGUUAUGAUUGCGUCUGUGAGUCUCGCUAACUGUUAGUUAAGUGGUUUUCCAAUGAAGGGCUUCUGGCGACCUUUUGCUAGGCUUGGGGGUGUUAGGAGCUAUUCAGUGUUAAGAAACGAUCAGCUGAGAAUUAAAGGGGUUAACGAUGUGAUUGCUGUUGCCUCUGGUAAAGGUGGUGUUGGCAAGUCUACUACUGCUGUUAAUUUGGCGGUUUCAUUAGCUAACAGGUGUGGAUUGAAGAUAGGAGUGCUUGAUGCAGAUGUGUAUGGACCAUCUGUUCCAACCAUGAUGAACAUCCACCAAAAGCCAGAAGUUAAUAAAGAUAUGAAGAUGAUUCCUAUUGAGAACUAUGGAGUGAAGUGUAUGUCAAUGGGAUUUCUGGUGGAUAAGGAUGCGCCAAUCGUGUGGAGAGGACCCAUGGUGAUGAGUGCUCUUCAGAAAAUGUCGAGGGAUGUUGACUGGGGAGAUCUUGAUAUCCUUGUGGUGGAUAUGCCCCCUGGAACAGGUGAUGCACAACUAACCAUGUCCCAGAAGCUUCAGUUGUCAGGUGCUUUAAUAGUUUCAACCCCACAAGAUGUUGCACUGAUUGAUGCUCGUAGAGGAGUUAGAAUGUUCUCUAAAGUUCAAGUUCCUAUUUUGGGAUUAAUAGAGAACAUGAGCUGCUUCAAGUGUCCGCACUGUGGCGAGCCUUCAUUCAUUUUUGGUAAGGGUGGAGCACGUAAAACAGCUGCUGAGAUGGGUUUGCAACUUGUUGGUGAGAUACCCAUUGAAUUGGACAUUAGGAAAGGCUGUGACGAGGGCACACCCGUAGUGGUAUCAGCACCUGAUUCUGCUGUCUCAAAAGCUUACCAUGAUGUAGCUCAAAAAGUUGUCAUGCGACUCGAGGAUCUAGCGAAGGCAUGAAAAUAUACACGAGGCUGACCAGCAGAGUUUUCUCAGAUAAAACCACCUUCAUUCCUGUCUUUUCUUUGGGCGGUGUUUUUGAGAUUCAUCCUGAUAUCUAUCAAUUUUAAAUUCG